AUGGAUCCUAUUAGGGCUGCUGCUCCUUUGCUAUGGUUUUCCCUGUGCUUUGGGAAUAUUCUGGAGGCAGCGGUACUUGGAUCAUUGCAGUACCCCUCUAGCGCAGAUGAUAACGGGCUUGUUUCACAUCUGGAUGAGCAGAGUCGGAGAAAGCCGAUCGCGGUGUCCAGGAAAGACCCUCCGAUAAAUGAUACUAUCGUCCCCCAUGACUAUAUGGUAUCGCUAUACAAGACACUCUCUGAAAUAGAGAGAAGAGGUCUUAACAGCAGUGUUCCUCGCUCCGCAAGACAUGCCAACACGGUGACCAGUUUCGUGGAUCAAGGAAAAGACCCCUCCUCCUGGGGAAGUAGCCAGCGCUAUCUCUUCGACCUCUCCAGCCUGUCCAGGACAGAUGAGAUCGUGGAGGCAGAAGUGAGGAUCCUGAGAAAGCCACCACUGGAUCGCCUCCCUAUGCUGACAUGGGGCAGGACCCUUUAUCGCCUCCUCCUCUACACAUGUUCCUCUAAGGGGAACUCUGGGAGACGGCUGCUGGACUCCAGGACAGUCCAUGUUCUGGACCGCCAGCCUCCCAAAUGGGAUGUAUUUGACGUGUGGGCCAGCGUGAAGGCUUGGAGGAGGAGCCACAGGACAGCAACGGGCAAUGACCUCCUCGUGGCCUGCUUUGACCUGCUGGUUGUUUCGGAGUUGACAAAAGAGGCAGCCAACCCUCUUACAGUAGGGCUGGGACGCCGGUCUCGGCAGCCCCAGGAGAGGGCCUUGCUGGUGGCUUUUUCUCGCACCCGCAGGAAAGAGAACCUGUUCAAGGAGAUCAGGGAGCAGAUGAAGGCAGUGCGAAGAGACUUGGGUUUUCUGGACCCUUCGGACCUCUCUGGUGAUGUGAUUGGUCACCUACCCAGGCGACGCCAUCGCCGGACUGUCCUCACCGGCCAAUCUAUAGGCGGAGCUGGUGGGGGAGGAGGGGAAGGUGGUGGUGGAGGAGGAGGAGGAGGAGGAAGGGGAAGUGGAGGCGGGGGGCGCAGGAAGACUCGCUGCAGCCGUAGGCCGCUCCAUGUCAACUUCAAGGAGUUGGGCUGGGACGACUGGAUCAUCGCACCGCUGGAUUACGAGGCGCACCACUGUGAGGGCGUGUGUGACUUUCCGCUGCGCUCACACCUGGAGCCAACAAAUCACGCCAUCAUUCAGACACUUAUGAACUCUAUGGACCCUGAAUCCAGCCCGCCCAGCUGCUGUGUCCCCUCCAAACUCAGCCCCAUCAGCAUCCUCUACAUUGACUCUGGCAACAAUGUGGUCUACAAGCAGUAUGAGGACAUGGUGGUGGAGAGCUGUGGCUGCAGGUAGCAUAGCAACAGAGAUGGGUGGUGGUGCUAGUCUUGCGUGGCGCUAGUCUCGUCAUUCUGGAAUUUUGGACUGGGGCUUGCAAAGAGCGGAAUUUGAAUGUUUUGUGGGAAAAUACGUUGGUGGUUUAAAGCGCUUCUUAACACUCGCCUCCCCCUAUCUCUUCCCCCUAAACCAGCUGUAUUUUGUGAUUUGUUGAAAAAAGUACAGACAAGUAUGCUCAUUACUGAUCUGCCUCUGCUUAAGGGGAACAUAAUCUUA